UGAAGCAGGCAGCCUGACGGAUCACAGCCGCGCCAGCGCUCAGGAUGCGUCCGCGGCACUAACCCGAACUCUCCCGCUCCGUGUGGUGCGAACGCUCAACGGGAAACAUGUCCACCAUACACCGCGGUGCUUGCCUUGCCAGUAAAGGAAAGUUCUGGGCUUUGUGCAUUCUCCUGCUUUACACGAGCCCUCUCUCCUGCUUUUCAAAUUUCAGCCAUCUCGUCUACAAGAUAAAAGAGGGCUUACCCAAAGGGACUCUCAUAGGGGCUAUCAGUGAAGACUUAAAGUUGGAUUUCUCGGUUGAUCCUCCUCGUUUGUUCAAUCUGGAGCUAAAGCAGAUCAGCUCUCAGUAUGUGAACCUGAAUAAUACCACUGGGGAGCUGUACACAUCUGCCUUGGAGAUUGACAGAGAGGCUCUGUGUUCAGACUCCCACGAGGGCCAGGGCUGUGCUAUCUUUCUGGACGUGAUCAUUCUGCCACAGCAGUACUUCCAGCUAGUUAAGAUCAAAAUCAUCAUUGAAGACGUCAAUGACAAUAGGCCCUAUUUCCCAGUGGAUGAGAUCAGAGUGUCUGUGCCGGAAAACGCGCCGGUGAAUGCCCGGUUUGCAGUGGAGCAAUCUGCUGUAGAUCCAGAUGUAGGCAUCAAUGGGGUGCAGACUUAUUGGCUUGUCAAUGACUAUGGAGUUUUCACUCUGGACGUGGAGGAGAACGAAGGGGGUGAGCUGACACCCUUUCUUAUCGUUACUGAAACACUCGACAGGGAAAAGCAGGCAGAAUAUUUAACUGACAUCAUAGCUGAAGAUGGAGGCUCCCCGCCUCUUUUGGGCACUGCUACUCUUAGAAUAAUCAUCACAGACGUCAAUGAUAACUGCCCCAAGUUCACAGAGUCUCAGGUGAAUGUGACACUUUUUGGGAACGCCACUAGGGGUGCACAGUUGGCACGUCUCCAUGCCUUUGACCCAGAUCAGGGUGCCAAUGCUCAAAUCACUUACACUUUCAGUGAGCGGGUCACUCGAGAAACCAGGAGCCUAUUUCAUUUGGAUAAGGUCACAGGGGUCAUCAAGCUAGCUGGAAAAAUUGACACUGACACUGGAAAGUUGUACAAGUUGGUGGUGCUGGCCAAUGGGCCAGCCUGCAUCCCAGAUGUUGCUACAGUUACACUCCACGUUAUCAAAGUGGUUUCAGGCCCACCAGCCAUAAUACCACGCUAUAUUGCCCCUGAGAAAGAUGGUGUAGUUUCUAUGAGCGAAUCAGAGCCACCGUUUUCCCCAAUAGCAUUUUUCACCAUAAAGAAUGUGGACCCCAGGCAAGGGGUCACAUGCCUUCUGGAAGGCACAGGACCUUUCAGGCUUUUGCCCUAUAAACAUUUAAAAAACGAGUACUUGCUUGAGACCACUGAUAUUUUGGAUUAUGAGCAGCAGAAGGAUUAUGAACUGACUGUGGUGGUAAAGAACACUUAUGGAUCAGUUGUUAAGACACUGGUGAAAGUGCAGGUGUUGGAUGUUAAUGACAAUGCACCGAUCUUUAAGCAGUCACUUAUUGAUAUUAAGGUGGAGGAGAACAAUGCUCCGGACACAUUUCUUGCAAAGCUUCAGGCGACUGACAAGGACAGCGAUAGCCGGGGUGAGGUGCUUUAUCUUCUUGGCUCGGAUGCUCCUAGCAUCUUCCACCUGGAUCGGUUGACUGGAGUCUUAAUUGUGACCACAUCUCUGGACCGUGAGGAGAAGGAGACCUACAGGUUUAUGGUGCGAGCCGUAGACUGUGGCACUCCGAGGAAAGAGUCCAUUGCCACAGUGGUGGUCACUGUGUUGGACCGCAACGAUAAUAGUCCCCGCUUCAUCAACAAGGACUUCACCUUCUUUGUGCCGGAGAACUUUCCAGGCUUUGGGGAGAUCGGAGUGCUGUCCGUCACAGAUGCAGAUGCGGGGGAAAAUGGCUGGGUGGCACUGUCGAUCCUCAAUGGGAGUGACAUCUUUGUGAUCGACACAGGACGAGGAGCUCUGAGGGCUAAGACGCCCCUUGACAGGGAGCAGCAGGGAACGUAUUAUCUCUGGAUCGAGGCUGUAGAUGGAGGUAAACCUUCGCUGUCCUGCGUCACCAUGGUUACUAUUCUGCUCCUGGACGUCAAUGACAACCCGCCCAUUGUGCUGUUUCCCCAGUCUAACCAGUCCUACAUGCUGGUCCUUCCCAAUACACUCCCAGGAACAUCCAUCACAGAAGUCUAUGCUGUGGACCGGGACACUGGCAUGAAUGCCGUCAUAGCUUACAGCAUCAUCAAGCGGAAGGGUGGUGAGCCGGGCUCCUUCGACAUUGACCCGGAUACAGGGAACAUCACUCUCAGGAAAGCCUUGAGCAACCGAGGCCUCUACAGCCUGCUGGUCAAAGUCAGUGACCAUGGGCAACCUGAGCCACUCCAUUCCACUGUCCUGGUGAACCUCUUUGUCAACGAGACCAUCAGCAAUGAGAGCUACAUCCAGAGCCUAUUGACUAGGGAAGAGGAGAUUGGCAUUGAGGAGAUCAGGCCACCAAACAGACUGGCAAGGGGGCCAGAGUACACUGAGCUGUUCCCCUGCCAGCCUGUACUUAUCGCCCUCAGCACCACUUGCCUGGGACUGUUUUUUAUAGUGGUGUCACUGACUGCAUACAUUUGCUGCAAGAAGCAAAAAAAGCAUAAAAAGAAAAGGCUGGAAGUGGAGAUCCCUUUAAAAAUGAAGACUGACAUGCAGGCCAUGGACAGGAAGCUUAUGGAGCUUUCUAACAUAUGACCACACCCCCUCUCCAAGACUGCUCUUACUGCCCAAACCAAACUGUUUACAAAUGUGACUUGUGCAGCUUCUAAUCUAUAGACAAACAAAUGCAGUGUAAAGUGUAUAUAUUGUAUGUAUGUUUUAUAAUUUUAUCACAAAAACAGGCAAAAAUGUCUAAAAAAAAGAGAAAAGAUUACAAGCUUAUCAAAAGUGUGUCUAGUUUUUCAUACCUGAAAACUGUCAAAUAUGUUGUUGCCCAACUGUGUGAUUCUGUAAUUUAUUACAACAACCUAAGCGGUGCCCUAUGGAAUGUGUCAAAAAGCCCUCUUUGUCUUAGCCACCUUGACCUGUCUUGGAGGACAAAUAGUAGUUGCAAAAAUCUCCACACAGUCAAAAUAUUCUGGUCGUGUUUGUCUCUGUUGUUCAAGUACAAAAGAACUGCCGUACAGUGACACAGGACGACGCCACGUUGGUUCCAUUACUGGACAUUUCUUGUGCAUUUUUGCGUGGGAUACAUCGUUUGUCUGUCAUGACUGCCAUGCAAUGACUUUUCAGUGCUGCUCCACUGUACAGGCAGCUGAGUCUUCUCCAUCAGCUUUCGGUUUGUUGGAGUCUGUAAUGAGAUCUUUAUUCUUUGUCCUUCACAGAUCCUUUCCUACCAAAUCAAUGUUUCAUUCUCAGACCUCACGACCCUGUGGUGUGUAAACAAAGAGUACAUGAAUAUUAAAGUGCUUUAUUUUCUUACCACAA